UGGCAGCCUCAGUAACACACGUCCCCUUGGAGACUACAGCAACACGUGAUGCGUCUACUUAUCACGUUCACUGAGCAGCGCUCAGGAACACACUUUGAGGAAAAAGUCACUUUUCUGACCAUCAUUCGUCGGAAGUUUCGAUGGUCAUCAUUCCUUUAGGGAGCUAACACCGCGGGCGAUGCGAAGUUUUCAGCUGGCGAACUUUGCACAUCCUCAAAUACGCCAUUUUGAUCGCUCUCCGGAACAAGUUUGCAGUUUUUUUUCGAAGUCCAUCAUCACUCUUUUCACCAUCACCAUGUCUCCGCGCAGCCAGCCCAACCCCGACAAAGUCAUGCAAUGAGCAGAGGUCGCUGUCCCUCAUCCUGUGCCUGUGACCCGGUGGCUCCAUGACCCUGUGACGCGUUUAGCCCAGACCUUAAAAUGGAAAUGGAAAGUGCCUCCCCUGAAAAGACUAUCAGCAAUGGUGUCGGUGCUGCUGAUGGGAAUGAACAGACCCAUUUGUCAGAAGAGGCUGUGAACAGUCAGUCGUCCACAUGUACACCAGAACCUGUUGAAGAAGCAGACUUUGAUGAAGCAGACAAAGCAGAAGAUGAAGGUGGCGUAAGAACAGAAGAGGAACUGACCUCCAUCAACUCCAUGAUGAGCACUGUGAUGAAUGUGGGCCAGAUCAACGGAGUCGAUUCUGAGACCCCCAAAACAUCUCCCAGAAACACCAGCAAAUCACCCUCUGCCUGUCGCACCGGGAGAAGGAAUCAGGAAGUCAAAGAAGAACGUUCCAGCUUCAUUUGUCCCCUGUGUAACAAAAACUGCAUGACGCAGCACCAGCUCACCAUGCACAUCAGACAGCACAACACGGACAGUGGUGGCACUGACCACUCGUGCAGUAUUUGCGGAAAGGCUUUGAGUUCGGCCAGCUCUCUGGACCGACACAUGCUGGUUCACAGCGGAGAAAGACCAUACAAGUGCUCGGUCUGCGGUCAGACAUUCACCACCAAUGGAAACAUGCACAGGCACAUGAAAAUUCAUGAAAAGGAUUCAAACAGUAUUCCUACCCCCAGUUCUUCCCCAUUAAACAAACGCAGACGACUUUCUAGCAAAAGGAAACCCAGUGUAGAGGAUGAAGCGGAGCAGGCUGAGGAGCCACCAGUUAAAAAGGUGACGUUGAUCCAGAAGCCUAAGGAGGAUAAUUCUGUGAAGAGUGAAGAAGAGGUCUUUCACUGCCCCAUCUGCUUUAAGACAUUCAUCUGUAAAAAUGACCAGGAAGCACACAUGGAGACACAUCCUGACACUACGCUUAGGUGCAACAUUUGUUGCAUUACCUUUCGCAAACACCGUGGUCUUCUGCGUCAUAAUGCUGCCAUUCAUAAACAGCUUCCUACUGACCUCUCUGGGCGACCUUUUAUACAGAACAACCCCUCCAUCCCACUGGGAUUUGGCGAUUUGGCUUUCAUCGACUUCAGCUGUCAAAAGUUUCCACAAAUUGCACAGGUCUGGUGUGAGACUAAUUUGCGCAGAUGCUCUAGCAAGUUCCAUAAGUUUGUUUGUGAGGACUGCAACAAGGCCUUCCCUAUUCAGCAGUCUCUGGAUCUUCACAAAUCCUCACAUAACUGUAGUGUAGACACCAGCACUGAUCCUCAGGAACAUAAAGCAGAUGCUGUUAUGGACGUCCCCAAAGUAAACUCCCAUUCCAAGGAUUCCAAGGAGGUCAGUGAACUAGCACCACACGUUGACACUACCAGUUCAGAUGGGAAGAACAGUUUCAUGGAGCGCCUGGGUCUCCAGCACUCCUCCUUGGCCAAGCUAGAGAAAUCAGAAGAGCAGAUUCAACAGGAGGUUUUAGACAGCAUUCGAUUCAUUCGUGUUGAGCCACCAUCAACAAAUCUACCUCAAGAAACCAGCGGCAGUCUCGGUGUCUCAAUCCUUGAGCCUGUCUCUCUUCAAGCCAUGAACAAGAACACAGCCCUUGGCCUUCUAUCACUACAGCCACUACAUGCUGUGGUCAGUAAUGGCAUGUUUGUCCCAAUAAGUGGUCAAAGUGCUGUAGAGCUGGCGGAUAUUGAACAAAUCCUUAAAAUCGCAACCUCUGUGCCACCUCAGAUGUCUUUGUCCCUGCUUCCCAAAAGUCUGGGUAGUCCUCUUCAAGUGGACCCCAGACAGAUUUCUUCCUUAAAACCCAAGUCCUUAAUCACUCCCCGAUCCAGCAUGGGUGCCUCCACCCCUCCUCCACCUGUCAUGAACGCCCAACAGGCCUCAUCCGGCAACAUCAGUCCUAGCCUUCCACCCCAAACGGGCCAACAAGUGAGAACUGCCAGACAGUCUUCAGCAUCUUCCUCAUCCUCAACUUCAUCCUCUCCCACCAAUUGGGAAACUACUCAACUGGGAUCUGAUGUCAUAGGAAACACGAUUAUCUCAUAUGAAACUGGAAAGCAGGAAGAGUUUGAUAGCAAAGAGAAGGAAAUGAGAGUUGUCCCCAAGAAGACAGCCAAGACUGAGUACCCUUGUCGGUUCUGCAAAGAAGUAUUUUCUUUCUUAGGUGGCCUCCAGGCUCAUAUGCGUCACCAUUUGGGAGCGUCCCCAUAUCAGUGCACCAUUUGUAGCUACGCUGCUCCUGACAAAGCGACGUUGAUUCGACAUCUCAGAACACACAGUGGUGAGCGGCCAUACGUCUGUCGCCUCUGUCACUACCCUUUCACUGUGAAAGCCAACUGCGAGCGCCAUUUGCGCAAGAAGCACAUGAAGAACACACGCAAGGACAUAGAGAAAAACAUUGAAUAUGUAACCACCUCCUCGGGCAUAAGCAGUGUAAUUGGAGGCACCACACUAGACCUCCUUGAUACAACCAAUGCUGGCAACACAUCUUGUCGAUAUUGUGGGGAGGACCUUAAGAACUACCGAGCCCUUCAGAUUCACCUGCGAACUCACAAUGGAUGUCAAAAGAAACCAUUUGAGUGCAGGCAAUGUGGGGCGACAUUUCUCGCUAAAAGGAACUGCAUUCACCAUUUGCUCAAGCACCACCCAGAUGUGCCAGAAAGGGAAAUUGAGGAGCACAUUAAAAGUCUUGUACCAGUUGGAGGAGAAGUCAAUGCUCAAUCCAACCCUUCAGCCACAAAUGGGCUGGUUAACAGCUCAGUUUCCCAGAAUGUAGGUACCUUGUCUGGACCUGUUGAGGAGCAGGAACAGCCUUUGGAUUUCUCUAGCAAAUCUCAGAAAACUGUGCCUUCAAUUGUUAAACUUGAAGGAGCUGCAUCUCCUUUGUUAAAUGACUGUUCUAUGGAGCCCAUUGACCUCUCAAUCCCCAAGGAUCCAGAGAAGAAGAAAAUGAGGAAAGAAGUUCCUCAGAAUAAUCAAGAGCUCAAGAAAGAACAGACUUCAGAAACAACCCCUGGACUUCUGACAGCUAUUCCGGUCUCCAUUCCUAGCCUAGCCUCAGUUAUAUCCAGUGACAUUACUAAGCCUUAUACUCGCUUAAAGCCACUGCUACCAAAACCAUCUUCUGCUUCUAGUACUCCAGAAAUGGCACCACUGGCCUCUAUUGCUCAGAUUAUCUCAUCUGUUUCAGCUACCCCAGUUCUAAUCGAAACAGGAAUGGAUGCAAAAAACUGUAUUGGUGCAGUGGAUUUUAAAACACUAAAUGAAAACAAGAGUCCCAUAGGCACCACUAAACUGGAUUCCACUCAGAAUGGGUCUCCUGAUAACUCAAAGAAAAGAGGCAAGAAGAGAGUGUUUCAGGAGGAGAUCUGUGAUCCAAGAAUAGCAGUGGGUAGUGGGAUUGACCUGGAGUCAAGUGGCGAGUUUCCCAGUGUAGAGAAAAUGCUAGCUACCACUGAUGCAAAUAAAUUCAGCCCCUACCUGCAACCCAAUCAGAUGGAGCCAAUGAUGGAGGAGAAAGAGAAGCAGUCCGCUGAUGAGGAGGUAAAGGAAAUACGAGAAGACAAACCAAAGAAACCUCCACAGAACAAAGGAAAGAAAAAUGCUUAUUCCAAUUCAGUGCAGAAAAUGACCUGCCCCCACUGCCCACGACUGUUCCCAUGGGCCAGCUCAUUGCAAAGGCAUAUGCUAACACACACAGGUCAGAAGCCGUACCCUUGUCCUCAGUGUGACUCGUUCUUCUCCACCAAGUCAAACUGUGAGCGCCACCUGCUUCGCAAACAUGGAGUCUCGAAUCGGGCACUUCAAAACAGUGCUUCUCGACUCAAACCUAAGACAGAUGAAGAAUCCAUAGGAAGCACAGAGAGUGUAUGUGACACUGAACAUCCUGUAGCCGAAGGUACUAUGGAUCUGAGCUCUGUCAACACCAAACAAGAAGAAUCUCCAGAAGAACCAGAACAAACAGGACAAUCAGCCCCUGAACAAGCAGACAGCAGCACAGAUCCAAACCAAACUCAGUCAGCUGAGGAACAUCCUGAGAUGGUAGAAAAAGAUAAUGAUGAUGAUUCUCAAAGCAGCUCGAGUCAUGAUAUGAGCCUUGCCAGCAAUCUUGUAGUAGAUGUCAAGCUUUCUGAAGAGGAGCAGCACCAGUCUAAAUCAGCCACUGAAGCAGUUGCUCCUCCAGAUGAGUUCCCACACACAUGUGCGUCCUGUAAGAAGACCUUUCGUCAUGCAGCCACUCUCAGCCGACAUCAGAAAACCCACCUUCAGGAGGUCCAGCCAGAGGAUGGAGCCAAGAAGGGAAGACGCCAAGCUCCUCCACAAAGUCCAAUCCCAGCACCAAGAACAGAGUUGGAGCAGGACGCAAAGUCAGAAGAUGAUGAAAAGGAGGAGAACAGCAGCUGUGUGGAAAGUGGUGUUGAUGAGGAAGAGAAGGAGAGGGACGAUAUGAGUGAAGAUGAAGAAGAGACUCCUUCCUCAGAGCUCCAGGCUUUAGAAGAGGAGGGCAACUCAACUGGAGGCAAAGCGGAUAAGAGGAAGAAGAUCUGCACUGUGUGCAGCAAACGCUUCUGGAGCCUGCAAGACUUGACUAGACACAUGCGCUCACAUACUGGUGAGCGACCUUAUAAGUGCCAAACCUGUCAUCGUACCUUCACCCUGAAGCACAGUCUGGUGCGGCACCAACGCGUCCACCAGAAACCAUCAGAUGAAAAAGGGAGCGAUGACGCAGAAAUGAACGAAGAAACGGAUGGAGCGAAAGAUGAAGCUGGAGGACUGGAGGAGAAAGAGUUCAGUGAAGCAAUCCAGAGUGAAGCUGAACACAAAGAGGAAGAGAUUGAUGGACACAUGGAGGAAGAAAAUGCUAAGCAGCUUCCUGAAGAAACAUCCAUGGAGGUGAAUUCUGCUGAAGAAGCUCUGCCGGAUGAGGAUGAACAGGAAGAACAACAAACCGAGGAACUGUCAGAAGAGGCCCAAUGUGACCCAGAACCUGCAAAAACCAGCAUCCACAGCUGUACAGCGGCUCAGGAAGAGACGGAGAUGCCCGCUCAGUGAACAGAUCAUUCACUGUUCAUUUUGUGCCAUAGUUUAUCAAGCUUCCACAAACACUAUGAGUGACAAAACCUGGCAAUAUGCUUUUUGUCUUACACAGUAUGCAUGAAAGAAGGACAGUUGUUGAUGCCUUAAUGCCUUUUUCUUCUUCUUCUUCUAAAGAUCUGGAUCAACGCAUAACUGGACAGUAGUUAUUUUAAUCCUAUUUAUAUGAUUUUUAAUGAAUCAUAUAAAGCCUUUAUAUCAAGAAAUUAGCAUUUGUAUGACGAACAGAAGAUUUAUAUAUCAGCAUUAAAUUGUGUUGUUCUUAAGUGAGUUCCUGUAUGUUUUUAGUAUCUGUAUUUGACUUCGAUUUUUGUUUUGAUUUCCUUUCUCUUUUUUUUGUCUUGAAGUGCCUGGCUAGUUUUCAUUUUCAAGAUUGGCUGACUACAUUAUGCAUCAAAUUGUCAUUUGUAUUUUGCUUGAUCAUCAGCCAAUCAAAUUUCUUGGCAAUAUUUGCCUGUUCUUUGUAUAUUAUCCUCCAUCUUUGAGCCUCGUUGUUGAGAAAUGAUGCCUGACGCGAUGUGUAUAAAUGGCUUGAAGUCUUGAAACAGCGCCGUCUGGUGGUGUGAAGUGUGAAGUAUUAUGUUAUACAAGGCUUUUGCGUUGGAAAAAAAGUCGCGUUAGGAUGUAUUUAAUGUCAGUGUGAUUCUGAGAACGUUUGAUGUAUCUUUAAAGUGUGAUUUGUGUUUGCCUUUUGGGGUUUUGUGUUUGUACUGGAAAUUUUUCUUCAGAUUCAGUUUGACUUCAACACUGGUGUUCACACUAACACUCAAAACACUUGUUUAUCUCUUAAGGAAUCUAAAAUACUAGAAGAAAUAUCAGUCUUCCAUCAAACAAACUGUUUUACAAUAGUGAUUGCAAUAAAGUGACCAAUAAGGGCACUUGAAUAAAACACUUCAUUUGCGAAUGAGCAGAUUUGACUGAAGUGAGCCUAUAAUCGGCACUGUAAAUGAACUGGUCUUUGUGUUUGUCGAGAAACACAUUUACCGUCCUUUUUUGUGUUAUGAUGUUUGUACUUCAUACAAACAAUAAGGAUAAACACUGAACAUUUUAUGCAGGUAUUUAUUGAUCAGUCUGAAGAGUGUGGUUGUAAUUUUGACAAGCCAUGUAGAAUCCAGUUUGUGCAAAUCAAAAAAGCUUGACCUUCAUUGAGGUUCUUCUGUUGCUUUUUAGAUACUUUGUACAUUGAGAAACAUUAGCUUAUUAUAUCGUUUGUGUGUCCUUUUGUUUGUCUUCUAAAGAAACUUUCAACCAAUUCAAAUAUCCUUUGAUUGGAGAGCAUUGAACCAUAGAGUAUAAUUUGGUGGGAUUGACAGUAUGAUUAAAAAUAUAUAUAUAUAUAUAUAUUAAUUUUGCAUGUUAAUCUAAUUUGAAUUACUGAGUUAUUCUCUUUCUCAGGGGCUUUUCAAAAUCAUCAUUUGUUUUUCUAUGUAAAUAAUCUGUCUGGUGUAUAAAAUCAGAGCUCUGUUCUUUACACUACAGUUAAGAGCAUUUCACUGAAUUUGGUCAUAUUUAUGUUUAGGCCACCCAACCUUUUCUUCAAAAGUCGUUAUGUCAUUAAUCCAGAUGUCCUCAUCCAUGACUGUGUGUAUCAGGUGGAUUACAAAAGUCUGUCAGAUCAAUUCAGAUGUAGACAACCUGUUGAUUUUGCUUUUUUCACCUUGCUGUUCAACCCUGUAAAGUAAAUAUAUCAUCCAAUCAAUAAAUGUACACUAAGAAAGAGCAGGAAA